AUGGAACAAGGACAUUCUUCGACAUCCUCUUUUUAUUAUCCACAGACUCCCUUUUGUGGUUCAUUCCAAAGCGGACAUUCGUCCACAGACGAUUAUUCUCUAGUGGUACCAUCGGAAGACCGGGAGACAACUAACGGACCUAAUUUCGACAACAAAAAUAACUGUACAAACGGCUACGAACAAGAAGAUGAAGUGGAUCUUAGCCAAUGGUGUACUGUUUUCGACCCCCCAAAGACACAGGAAAAUUCAAAGUAG